CUUUCACCAACUGGAUAAAUGCUCAACUCGCUAAGAGACGUCCUCCCUCUUUUGUGUCGGACCUGUUCUCUGACCUCAGAGAUGGAUCGCUGCUCCUGGACCUGUUGGAUGUGAUGAGUGGUCAGUCACUGAAAAGACAGAGGGGCCACGGGGUUUUCCAGCAGAGGGCCAACAUUCAGACAGCUCUCGAUUUCCUCAAGAAAAAAUCUAUCAAAUUAGUGAACAUACACAUCGCGGACAUCAUAGAUGGACGCCCCUCCAUCAUCCUCGGACUCGUGUGGACCAUCAUCCUCCACUGUCACAUUGAGGAGCUGGCCAGCGCCCUCUCCUUCAGCUCCCGUCAUUCCUCCAUGGACUCUCUGAGCAGCCUGGACUCCUGGUCCGGCAGCCCGGUCCCAGCGAGUCCGGUCCCUGCAGGCCGGACCUCGCCCCUCCACAGACGCUUCAGAGUCUCCGCCAAGAAGGCCCUGCUCAUGUGGGUGAGGGACCAAUGCCAGAGGGUCAGCAGCUCGGUCAGUGUGAAGGAUUUUAAAGCGAGCUGGAGGAGUGGUGAAGCCUUCCUGGUCAUCCUGUGUUCCCUCAGACCUCAGCUGGUGGAUCUCUCACUGGUCCCGUCCAGAAGCAACCAGGAGAACCUGGAGGAAGCAUUUCACGUGGCUGAGAGGGAGCUCCACAUCCCCCGGCUGCUGGAGCCCCAGGAUGUGAACGUCAAAGACCCGGAUGAGAAAUCCAUCAUGACGUACGUGGCCCAGUUUCUUCAGUACUCCAAUGACAUGCCAGCGCGUGACGACCACCUGGAGCUGUUUCCUCUGGAUCAGCCCUCCUGCUUCUCACCUCUGAACUUUCCUGCUCACUUCCCUCCAGCGGCUGCUGUCUCACCGUUACGCCAGGUUUCUCCAUGUGAGCGAGCACAAGAGGUGACUCUCUGGCUGCAGCAAACCUUUCAGGAGCUGAUGGAAUCGUGGACGGCUACAGAGAACUCAGGCUACGCAGAGAAACAUCAAGUGUUCCAGAGUCUCACUGGCUCCGUGGCUGAUCAGAGGAGACCUGUUCUGAGCCUCCUCGCUACCAUGAGCCGCUGCCCCGAGCUGAGUGGAGAUCUGCGAGCUCUCAGGGCAGCGUGGGAUCGUCUGGAGGAGGAGCUGCAGAGAUGUAAAGCCGACCUGGACCUGAGUCUUCCUCCUCCUCUGGACUCGGUGGUUGUGUGGCUGCAGCGUGCGGAGGCAGCGCUGACAGAGGAGGGAGGGGGGGUGAAAGAUCACGCACAAGCUGCUAAAGAGGCCAGAGCCCAACAAGACGUCCUGAAGACGUUAAUUAAGGAGCUGAGUCACUACGUCAACAUUCUUGACGAAUACCACAACGUGGACGCCUCAGGGAACUUGGCGGUGCCCCUGGAAAAGUUUAAUGAGAUCAAAAGACGCGUAACACACGUAAGAGUCACAACCAAAUAUCACGGGAUUAAGUUGGAGUACCAGGAGUGUCGUCACACCGCUCUGGAUCUCCUGAACCGCCUCGAAGCCAAGAUCCAGACAUGGAGGACGUCUUACAGAUCAGAGGAGGCCGUGCGUGGGCUUCUGCAGGACUGGCAUGAAACAGUGGAGCGUCGAGGCAUGAUUGUGAUUCUGACAGAUGCUCUACAAAACCUGAAGGAGAAGGCAAACGCUUACACCAGCAGAGCAGCUCUAGGUGGUGAUUCCCAGCUCGUUCAUCGUCAGGUGAAAGAAGCAGAAAGCGAAGCUGAGUCCGUGGAACGAGCUGUGACGGCCGUGAGGGGCACGAUGGACAGAGUGAUGUCUGCGUGGGACACUUACAACCAGAGCCUGGCGUCUCUGCAGACGUGGCUCAUACAGACGAGCCAGACUCCGGCUGCAGGGACACAGGACAUGAGUGAGUGGACGUCGUGUCACGCUCAGCUGAAUGAGGCGGGGAACUUUCUCACUGAGGUGACAGAAACCUCGACCAGCCGCUCGCUCGCCGGACAACUCAGCACGCUCAACAAGCAGUGGGCCGCAUUCAUGAAGAGGACAAAGUUUGAGCUUCCUGUCAUGUUAAGUUCUCCUGAGUUUAAGGAGCCUGUGGGUGAACCAGUCCAUCAGACGCAGAGACAAGCAGAGACUGGGAUGUUGGUUGUGGCCAGAAGUAAAUGUGCACAGGAGCCUGAGAACGUUAACCUGCAAACCCAGGACCCAAGUCAACGUUCAGCUCCGACUCCAUCUCAUAUGCUAAGUGAUCCAAAGAGCUGGAGGGAAAACCAGCAUGGAACCACCAUUGUUGUGCCGCUUGUGGAAAUCAAAAUGCUGCCUCAACCUGUGAGGGAACCAGUUCCUCAUAUCCACCCUCCUCUUGUGAAAGAAGCUGAAUGGAAAUCCACGACACAGCCUCUGCCAUUUUCCGGAAGCUCAUCUCCACAGCCGAACUCUCAGCAUCUCACCAAAACAUCUCCACAGCCUCCAGUCAUGGUUCUCAGUGAAGUCCAUUCCAAAGCUCGGUCAAUGGCAAGAAGCCGAGUGGAGAAGGCCCGAGUUCACCUGCAGGGACGCAUCCAGAAGGCCAUCAAGUUGUUUGGUGGCAAAGAGAUUUCAGAGUCACAAGCCAAGAAGAAACAGCGAGCUUUAAAAGUGCUGCAGCCUGUCGCCCUGGAGGAGUUCCUGAACGCGGUGGAGGGGCUGGGGGCCUUCUGCUCGGGGCCCCAGCUCCAGGAUUUGAUGCUCCUCUCCGACUCGGUCAGGAAGCAGUGGGAGGUCGUCGUGGACGGAGCUGCGUCUGUUGACGAGCAGGUGGGAUCACUCCGAGACUUGUGUGAGACGCUGACUCCAGGUCAGACAUCCUGCCGGGUCACAUACCAGCUGAGGACUUCAGAGGAAGCACAGGAAACACGACCCAGCGACAUAGUCCUCUCAGCUCACAGCAGGAGGCAGCAGCUCGGGGGGAACACCCCACUGGGAGCGACUGGCCCGUCCUCCGACCCACAGCCGGGCGGCGACCGGCCACCGAGACGAAGCCCGGACGUCCCACAACCACACCUCUCACCUGGGGACGGCUCUGCGCCACAUCACGGUGAUACCCGGCCUCUACCAACUCAGGACGUCCGGACAGAGAGACACGUCCUCCUGACUCAACACAGAGGCUUUGAGUCUGAGGAGCAAAAUGAAAAGUCUCCUCUUGGAGCCAAAGAGCAGCUACUGAACGUCCGACUCCUACACCUGACAGAGAGGAACCAGCAGACACAGGCGCUCGUCAGGAUCGACACGGUGGAGACCCAGCAGGCGGCGGAGUGGACCGUCCUCCCGGAGACGGGGACUGUGCCGGGCCAGGAUGUGGUCCCGUCGUGGUCUGAGCCCCCUGUGGAGAAGAAGAAGCUGAUGAGAGACAUGCACGGGGAAAACAAAGACGAGAAACAACUGAUGGGAGAGGAGCAGAAGGAAGAGUUCACUCCUAUGGAGACAUGUGCGCCAAAGACUUGGGAUGAUUCUCCACAGUGGGGGGGGACACAGGGGGAGGAGCACCCCGCUCCAUGUGGGGCAGAAGAGGAGUCAGAGGCCGAAAGGAGAAGGCUGGAUGAGGAGAAAGACACAGAGAUGCAGGGGGAGGAACAAACGUGGAGGUGUGAGGAGCAGAGAAGAAGAGGGAGAGAAGAAGAGGAGAAGAAGAAGAAGAAGAGCUUGGUCCAGAGGAGAGCUGCCUUGUCAGGAGAACUGAGGGAAAUCAAAGGAGCAGCUGAGCGUCUGAGGCUGAACGAGCCGACACUGCCUGCUCUGCAGAGGAGGUCACGUGACCUGACGGAGCUGGACAGUCGUCUCUCCGGCCUCCUCCCUGAGCUGCGUCACCUUCAGGACGUGGGUCCGAGCCCCGAGGUGGAGGACGUCUGGGAAGAGGCAACAAGAGCUCUGACCGAACGGCUGGAGCGGUGCUGUGUGCUCACUGAGCUGCUGAAGAGGUUCCAGAGCGUUCGUGGGGAGCUGCGUGGAGCACUGCACAAAGCAGAGAGCACCAUCGGGGAACAGGCCUCCUACAUGGGGAAGGAGAACCUGCACAGAUUACACUCCAAGGUUCAGGAAACUAAAUGUCAGCUGACCAGCCUUGGGGGCGGCGUGGAGGAAGUCCGCAGCGUCUGCAGACAGAUUCACACUCACCUCCGUCAGACGCCAGAGUGCAACGUCCUCCAGUUUGAGAGCGAGGCAGAUUCUCUCAUGGACGGCUGGCUGGAUAUAUCAGAAAGAACCGAUUCCCAACUGGAGAACUUGCACCUCUGCCUGACUCUGUGGGACGGGGUCCUCCAGCUCGGGGCGGGGGUGGACAAGUGGACGGCCGAUAAAUUAACAGCGUUCGCUCAGUGUCCGUCCUUUCAGUCUGAAGACGACAUCCAGACACUGCAGAACGAGAUUUGGGCCCAGGAGAAGAUCGUGGAGCGUUUCCAACGAAGAAGCACUGAGAUCCAGUCGCUGCUUCAAAGCACAGAACCCCCGCUGGAGCUGCAGGUGGUGGAGACCCAGAUGAGGAAGAAGCUGGAGCAGCUGAAGGAGCUUGUCUUUGAGGCUGAGGACGUUUACAGGCAGACGGUGGCUGCUAAGGGACACAUUAGUGCCAGGAUGUCCGACUGCUUCACGUCCCUGCAGAAGAUCCGGGACUCCCUCCUCUCUCUCCGUGGAUCAGAUGUGGCAGCAGUGCUUGCCAAACUUAAAGAUCUGUGUCUGCAGCUCCACACCCAGGAUGAGCAAGCAGAGAGUCUUCUGGAGGAUCUGAGUAUUUUGAGCUCAGUCUCCAGUCCAGAUGUUCUUCAGAGUCUGUCUGCAGAUGUGAUGCAGCUGCAGGAGGAAGUGAGGAACUCACAUCAGCUCUUCUCUGAGGUGGAAGAACAGACUCAGCGGAAUAUCCAGGAUCUCGACAGGCUGCAAAGGGAGAGCGAGCAUUUGGAGCAAUGGCUGCAAGUCGCUGAGGAAACAGCAGCGAAGGACGAGGAUGUUAGUCUCCUGCAAGAGGAAGAACAGCAACUGAGGGCGAGGACAGAGCUCCUCCGUCAGCUCGUGUCGUCCCUACAAAGCAGUAACCUCCAGUCGUCUGCGCUGGUGCACGGAGGAAGCAAACUGCUGGAGCGAUGCAACUUCCACGCCGACAGACUACGAGGCACCGAGGAGCAGCCGCGCUCGCCAGGCAAGGAGGCAGAACCUGCACCACCCUCGGCCGGAGAUCUGAGGCAACCUGUUGAUGCUCCACUCGGUGAAAGCUCCAGGUUCCAGUGUCCUGUAGAGCAGAGGCUUCAGUUUGCUCAAGAUGCAUGUUGCCGCCUCGAGGAGCGUCAGAGUGAUGAUGAGCAUUUGGUUCUCUUCACAUUGACAUCCCAGCAGAACAGGAUGUCGGCCGGUCAAGCCCAGAAAGGAAGCUCCUCUGCACCAGCCACUGAUGCACCAGCUCUGGAGGUGUCGCCGAAUGAAGUAACAAACUUAGAAAAGGAAACAGACAGUUGUGCCAUCGAGGACCAAACCAGUUUGUCCCAGCAGGACUGCGACCAGCAAAACCACAAGAGGGCACUAGACAGCAGCGUUGGAGAGCAGCUGGCCCCACUCACAGGAAACAGCAGCAGGGUUCAACGAGUGAAGGAAGACGUGUCCUGCGUUCAGACAGCUUUGAAAGACCUGUCUGGAAAUGUUGGAAAACUGUUUGUGAACCAUGACGUGUUCCCCGACACGAGCCAGCUCCGACAGCAGUGGAGCACUGUCCAGGACUUCGAUGACGGGCUUUCAUCGUGGGCUGCGAGAGUUCUGGUGCUGCAGGCUAUUGGAGAGUCCGGCGCCGCACAAGAAAUGCUUCCUGCAGAUGUCAUGGUGGACAUUGAUGGAGCAGUUGAAGACCUUAACAGCCUCAGGUCCACUUUCCUGCAGAAGAAGCAGGAGUUUGCAGAACACGUUGCUGUCAGGGUGAGGGAGGUCAUCAGGCAGCUGCAGCACUGGAGCCAAACGCCACCGCCCAGCCAGGCCGCUCUGGAUGAAGGUCUGCAGCUGAGACGACAUCUCCUCGCCGUGCUCUCGGGAAAAGAUUUUCUCCUGAACUGUUUUGGAACAAAAGUCUGGAAGGAGCUGGAGGAAACUGCUUCAGCCGCUCUCAGGGGAAGCACAUGUGCACCUGAAGGCCCGUCUAAAAGCCUGGAGAGUCCAUGUCGUAACGAAGAGGAACUGGACGACAAAGAGACGGAAGGAGGAACUUGUAAAAGUGACGCAGCGCAUUCAGCGGAUGAGACGUGUCCCCCAGAGUGUCCUUCCCCCUCUGCCACAGACGAGGACAAUUCCAACCACAGAAUAAUAACCACCGGCGAUUUCUGCACUCUGGAAAAACAGCCUCCCUCCACCGAGGCUUUCAGAAACACUAACGAAGAAGCUGAGAAUAUUUCCACUAGUUUUAUACCAACAGACAAACAAGAUGCCUUAUUAUCUACUCAAGUCCAAAAGAUCCCUGAGGUUUUUAAAGCAGAAAUCCAACAGUUUACAUCUUCUCCACCAGAAAUAGACUCGAUAACUGAUCUGAGGCCGCACAAUGAUAUUGACUGCAUUGAUGGCAGAACAGAGACUUCAGUGUCCGGUUCACUUCGGCGUGAGAACCCUGAACCAUCGCAGCAAGACUCUCCCUCGACCCUGGACUCAAACCCGCCACCACACCGUGACACGUCCGUGGCAGCACAGCACAGUGACUUCCUUUCUUCUGCCACAGAAAUAGUCUCUGGAUGUUUAGCGGCACAAUCAGACACGUUUAUGGGAAUCACCGCUGCUGCCCGAGAACAAGAGAAACCCUGUGAGGACCCAACUGGGACACCACAGGAAGGCUUUACUGGUAUUUUGGACAGGGAGCCACGUGACGGGCAGGAAAAUGAGAGAGUCAGCAGUUUAGAGGAAACAUCGGAGCAGCUCUCAACACUAAUCGGUGUUAAAACAGUUAAAACACACCUGAAGUGUUACUAUUUAAAGAGGCCGAAAUCCAAUGUGUGUCAAGUGGCCGACUCACUGUUAGAAAACCCAUGCAUAUCAAUGAGCACAGAUCUAGAGGAGGUGCAAUCUACGAGUGACAAAUUAUCAGGAGCCCUCACUGAAGCUCGAGGAGCAGAAACAACUGAUCUGGGGACAGCGAGCGCAGGUAGUGGACGUGCAGAGUCCAAACACUCCGAGGAGCCGGAGAGACGAGAGGACGCUUCGCUGCUGGAAGGACAGAGUGAAUUAAAGUUACCUGUGUCACUGGAGGACACGGUGCUGACACAGGGACAGAUGCAAGGAUGCACAGAGCCUGCGAGGACGGAGCCGGGUUUGUCAGCUGAUCUGGGUGCAGCCGGGGAGGCGAUGGCGUCCCACGAACACAGAUCCACCAUGCAGGAUAUUUUCUCUGAGAUACAGAGCUUGGUGGAAAGAAGUAACAUAAUAAAUAGGACACCACACAUUGAUUUGAAUUGGUACCUGAAGUCCUCUCCUGGGGAACCUGAGAUCCAACUGGUACGAACUGUCCAGCGAGUCCUGGCAUGUCGAUAUCAACCAGCUCAGCUCGAUGUCACGGCCAUGGCCAGACAGCUGGAGGAAGCAGAGGAGCACAGGUCCUCUGUGCAGGAGCGGGUAGCUACGAUGAAAAACACCAGUGCCGCCAGGGAUUGGGACCCGAGUGCCUGGAAGAGAGCUGAAGGCCAGUGUAGCGCCGCCCUGCUGGAUGCCUCUGCCACAGUGCAGGUGAAGGCAGCACAGCUGGAUCAGGUCAGACAGUAUCACAGACAGAUGAAGAUGAUGAGAGCUUUUCUGGAGGUUCUGGCUGAUGAGAAGGAGAAAAUGAGCUUAAAUGCUCUGGGAAGCAGCUCUGUCCAAGCUGACAAACUUCACGCCCUGCUGCAAACCAUGCAGCAGAAGAAAGACCUCAUGGAGGAGCUGCUCCACCUCAGUAGUCAGUUAUCGGUUCACCUGAGCGAUGCUGAAAGUUCCGGUAGUCUUCUUGCCCAGCUUGCAAACGUCCAAGAGGAAUGGAGUCUUCUGAAAGGAAGUAUCAAGCGAGCGCUGCGACACGCCACAAACGCCACCUCUCAAUCCCGCCUUCUUAUAAAAGAGGCCGAACAGCUGAAAGCCAAACUGGAGGAUCUUCAGAAAUCCAACUUUCAGAGCAAUGACAGCAAAAGCGCUUUGGAGUUAGUUUGUCUGACAACAGACCUGAAGCUGUAUAACCAGCUUUAUCUGCACUUACAGUCCCAGUCAGACGCUCUUGUCCAUUUCUCCCUGGGCCAGAAGGAGAAGGAUGAGAUCCAAAACAAUCUUCAGGAGUUGGGGUCCUUGCUUGAUGUCACCAAGAGAAAGCUCGACAAUUCCACGUGUUGUAUUUCUUCAGGCAAGAUCAACAGACAAUUGCAAGACUUGAUCAUAUGGGCCAAACAGGCGGAAAACCACAUCUCUACUGGGAAAAAGUUAGCUCUCUUCCCUGAGGAGGCUCGUAUUCAAAUCGCUGAUAUGAAGAAAUUUCAGACCGAUAUUUUGUCCCGACGAUCCAAGAUGCAAGCUCAAGUUGAGGAGAUGAAAGAUGUAGCCUCUGAUAUGGAGAAGGAGGAAAGUGACCAAGUAUUGAAGACAAUAGAGGACCUCUAUGAAGCCAUUAGUGACAGCUUGGAUCACGUCCUUGACACCAUGAAGAAGCAUCUACACAACAGGGAGAAGCUCUUAUCCCAGCUUGCUCGGAUGGAAGCCUGGCUAGCAGAAACACAUGCCACGAGAGACGUCUGGAUCCAUGUGGAAAAUGUUUCCAAAGUUGACGUCCAGAUGCUGGAGAGCGAGCUGGCAAGUCACAAAUUAGCCACUGAGGAGAUCCAGAGCCGCAUUAAACUGGUGGAGGCAAUGGCGGAAAGUUGCGAGGACAUCGCGGUGGGAUUGAGUCCAGAGGAGAGCCGCUACCUGGUCAACAGACUGUCAGGCCUUUGGACAGAGUUAGACGGACUGCUAGCUCACGAGAGAGCAACCAGCUGGGAACUAGAGGAGCUGAUUCAUGAGAGAACCUCCUCUGAUGAGGAAUUAUCGACCAUCCAGACGAGCUUGAAGAAGAUCUCCUCUGAUUUGGAGCAGCAGAAGUUCCCUUUGACGUUGGAGACCCUUUCAACCGAUGCACAUUUGAUGCACAUGCUGAUGGAGAACCAGUGUCAAGUUCAAGAGCUUCAGCACUGCGAAGAGGCCAAGAGAAGUGCCCUGCUCUGCACCAUUGGUGAACUGUUAGACAGGUGCAAAACCCUUAGUCUUAAUACCUUUGAGCAAGACAAAUUUUUGCACCUGAGGAGACAAAUGGAGGAAUCGAGGGACAUUGCCGAAGAGCAAAUCUUGCGUGCCAAAGACAAAUCGCUCAGUAUGGGUGAGCGUUUCAGACUAUACCAAAUACUCCUAGUUGAACUUCCUCUGGUGAAGACACAGUGUCAAGAAGCAGGGGACCAGCUGGAGGCCAUAGCUCAGGAGUUGCACCCAAAUGAGCUUAAUUCAGAGAAGCAGAGGAUUCUUCACACUGUGGAAACUUUGGUCUCCUGGGAGCUUUCUGUCACAGAUGAUAUCAAGCACCUGGAGGCCAAGCUUCUGCCAGGCCUGCGCUUUUCCUCUGAACUUCCUGCCUUGAUAGAGCUUUUCCAAAGGACAAGAGAGGAGUUGGAGGGAGCUGAGCCGGUCAGUCCAGAUGAGAAAGCAAUAGAUGGCGCUCUACGAAGACACUGGGUCAUUUGGAGAAAUCUGAAGUCUGGGAUGAGAGUGUUAGAAGCUCUGGGACGGAGAGAAAAAAUUAACCUGCGGAACAACAAGGAGCUUCACUCUCUCAGAGAUGCAGCUAUGCAAGAAUGUCACAUAGGAAUGGAGAGUUUAUCCCAGGCUCGAGAGUCCUUAAAGGAUUACCAGUGGGCCGCUCAAGGAGCAAUAGCCUUUCUUCAUAAUGCCGAGGCCACGUUCUUGUCAGCUCCUGGUGGGUUUUUAGACUGUACCGAGGAGCAGAGACAAACCCGGCAGGCUCUGGAAGCUCUAGAAGAUGGAUUCCAGGCUCACAUCUGCCACCUUGUGGAGCUGCUCCCCCAGCAGCCCUGCCUCUCCCAGCCAGAGGUGGAGCAGCUCCACAUCAGCCUCCUCAGCCAGUUGGUGGUGGGAAGAGCUGUACUGGAGGCCCAGGCACAGCUCAGGCUGGAGUCCCUGCAGAGGUGCGCAGCAAGACAACAAAACCAUGAGAGCUUUCAUGAAGACAUACGUCAGCAUCUCUCUGGGUUUGAAGCCAGACUUUCAGCCUGUGCUACAGUACAGGUGACAUCAAAUGACAAAUGUGUUUCCCAACGGAGUAAAGCUAGGCUUCUGUUGGAGGAUCUCCGCAGCCUCGCCGGGAAGAUAGAAGAGCUGAGGGCUGGGUGUCCGAUGCAGGGUUGUGGGGUUGGGAAGAGCGGCGAGCUGGGAGCACUGUGGCGGCGCUGGGUCUCACUCCGGCGAGGUGUUGGCCUCCUGAUGGCGCAUGCAGAACAAAGACAAGAGGAAUGGAAGGACAUCACAACAAGUAUCCAGCAGUGUUGCAGUUCUCUUGCGAGUCUUCAGGCCGAGGUGCCGGAUUCCACUGUGAGCUUCACACAAGAGAAACCCCAGGAGCUCCUUGCCCUGGCUGAGAUACACCAGGCCGGUCUGGAGCAGGAGCAGCAGGCCUUAGCCUCCCUGGAGCACCGACUGGAGCACGCCCUGAGCCUAUCCAACUCCCAGGAACCCGUCAGUCCUGGACCCGUGGGCAAAACCCUGGUGAAGAUCCAAGAGAACGUCAGGAGCUUGAAAGAGAGAAACCUGCUGGUGGUAGCUGCAGCCCAGGCAGAGGAGAAAGAGAGAGAGCACGUUCAGGACGAGAUCGAAGAGGUGGAGAAGCACGUGUUCGCCAUUCUACCCAAACUGGAAGGCUGCUCGAGUCCAAACCAACAACAGGAGCUCACAGAGGACUUGUCCAAGCAGAAGGACAAACUGAGGAGGAUCACGGCCGGUUUGCAGAGCUGGUACACAGAGAUUCCUUCUGACAUCAGCAAGCGCUUACAAGACGUUGAGCUGUCGCUGCAGAGAGCAAAGGAGGAGCUCAAGGAGGGAAGCAACCCGGUCAGGAAGUUAGCCGCCCGAGUGGAGGAGCUGGGUUCUGGCCUAGAGAAGGUGAAGGUGCUCCUGGAGCAGAAGAGUCCGACAGUCAGCGAAGCUCAAAAUGUUCUCAAGCAUGUGUGGGACGAGCUGGACGCGUGGCACAGCCGUCUGAUGCUCCUGGAGAGCGAGGUGCAGGAUCUGGCGGAGGAGCAGCCGCAUCAAGCUCACCUCCUGAUGGAUCACAUCACACAACCACUGCAGCUCUACCAGAAUGCCUCGCAGAUGGCCGAGAACCGCACCUCCUUCCUCAGCAAGAUCCCUGCCUGUCUUCAGGAGUUUGAGGACAUUUCGUACAGCGCCACCUGCUGGUUAGACGAGGCCCAGUCUUGGCUCAGUGCGCCGUGCUCCUUCACGUCAGCCAGAGGCCUCCAGAAUCAUGCGAGCUCCCUGCAGCUGGUGCUGGACGACUCUGAGAGGAUCAGGGACACGCUGCAGGACUUCAGGCCGGCGCUGGCUGAGAUCUCUGCCGUGUGUGACGUUCACACGCAGGAGGAGAGGCUGAACCACAACGACCAGCGAGUCCACACAAUGCAACGCAACCUCCUCCAGCCGCUGGAGCAGCUCCUGCAGACGGCUGGGGUGGUGGAGGCGAUGGAAGCAGAGCUCAAGACGAUGGAGAAGAAUGUCCCGAAGAUCAGAACCAUUUUAUCCUCCAUGGACGACUCCGACAUAGCUUUAGCGGAGCAUCUUCACAACCGACAGGUGAUCCAGGAUAAUGUGCAGUCGAUCCGGAGGACACUGGAGGAGAUCCAGAGGUAUAAAGGAAAGCUUCUCCUUCCACAGGGAGCGGAGGAGAGUCUGCUGGUCUUCUCCAGAGCCCGACUCCUCCUGCAGCCGCUGGAGGAGCUGGAGGGACUCACCCAGUAUCAAACCUCGCUGCUGAAGAACAAGAUCCGGGAGGAGGAGGCAACCAGGAAAGAUCUCAGCAUCACCACACUCUCCAAAAUUCCUGAAAACACACAGCAACGAGUCCAGGAGCCUUGUGACGUGUCUAACUCAGAGGAAGAGGAGGAUGAGGAUGACGAGAGCUGUCACUCUUCGUCCUCUGACACACUAACAUGCAGUGUUCCAGAGGACCCAGAGGACACUCUCGUCCCCUCGGAUGUGAGAAGUGAGGAUAUUGCUGACACGCUGUCAAACGUUAAGUACGAGCAAAGCCUCUCUGUUGCCCUUCAGGAACUGGGGAGUUUGGCUCCUCAGUUUUCUUCUCAAGUGGAGACGACCUGUGAAGCUGCUGAAUCUGAACCUUCAUCUGUGACGUCUGGAUGUGACACCAUCGACUUUGCAGCUAAAUAUUUGGAAACCGGAUUAACAACAAUGGAUUCUGAAGCUGAUUCAUCCCAUCAUGACACUUUGACAUGUGAGCCGCUGAUCAGCACUGCCCCCCCGGCAGCUGAUGACCAGUGCCCUGCUGCUGAUACACUGGAACGAGGUGAAUCCUCGAAACAUGAAACCACCGACCCUCGUGUAAAGUCUCCUCCGGCCGAAGACACAAGAACGAUUCCUACCAGACCAAUAACUCCGUUCACGGCCACGAGAGAAUCGCCCGAGUUCACAGAGGAGGACGAAGAAGAUCCGACUCUGUCCACAGAUGUAGACGCUCUUCAUCAUUUGAAGGAACAAAGUGAAGUUGGGGCCAGUCUGACCAGUUUGGAAGAAUCCCAACAGGACUCAUCUAAUGUGCCACUCAGCUCUGAAGGACAUGAGGAAGAUGAGAAGGAGCAGCAAAGAUGGAGUCGACUUUCCACUGAGAUCUCUGAGAAACUGUCCGCUUUGAGAAACCUUCAGGAGGAACGUGGCACCUUGAAGCGCUCUGAAGACCAAACGGUUCCUGAGAAGAAGCUGAUAUCAACCGGAUCUGCUCCUGCUGUUCUCCAGAGGACACAAGAGUCAAUCGCCAGCUUGAGACAAAUAGUGAGGUCUACAGACGUCUCUCAGCCAGAUGUGAAGGAGCAGACGUUCGAGGCUCUACGGAGGGUUCUCCUCUGUCUGGACGCCUGGACCGACCCUCUGCUGACUACAGGUGGCGCUGGUGAGGAGGAGCCCCAGCUGAGGAUGCUGCAGCAGGAGUGUGUUUCAUCCGAGCUGCUGACCGUGGCUGAGCUGUUGAGACAAAUGGAGUCAGAGACCAGUCCAGAGCUGUGGGAAGAGGAACCAGAGGCUUCCCAGUGUGUGACCGGCCUCCAGGAGUGUCUCAGUACAGUCCAGCUGUUCCUCUGCUCAUCCCUCGAUCAGCUCCCUGAACAUCUGGGCCUCAGAAACCAGCAUCAGCUGUGUAUUUUGGACGAGUUUGAAGUUGGACAAAGUGAAACCUUCACAAAUCUAAAGGAUGCAACUAGUUUGCAGCAGUGUGUCCUGGGCAGACAUCUGAGGCAGAGUCCAGGGGAAAGAGCCAAGCUUCAGCGAGCAUCCCGGGCCUUGCUUCAGGGGAUAACUCACCUCCUGGAACUGGGCGAAGGAAGCAUAAAAGAGAAGCAGAUGAGCCAGGUUCACAACCGCGGCCAACUUCAAGCUAUUCUCAGCAGACACCAGAAACUCCUGCAGGUCCUCGGGUCUCAGUUGGCGUUUGUUCAGCAUCUGUUCCGGUGUGAGCCAGAGGUGCUGGGGUGUCAGGAGGCAGAGCGGCUGCAGCUGGACGUCAGGGCCAAAGCUUUGCAGCAACAGGCUCUGAGUCGGGAGGUAGCUUCUCUGAAGACGCUGCAGGAGUGGAGCCUCUGGGAGGAGAACUGUGGUCGACUGGGCCGGGUGCUGGAUGAGUCUGAAGCCUUCAUCAGCAGCGGGGAACCAGAGGGAGAUGAGGAGGAGGAGGAGGAGGAGGAGUCUGUCGUGCAGCAAAGACUCGAGGGCUGCCAGCAAACACUGGGGCAGUUGGAGGAGAGCAGAGCGGCUCUGGGGAUCCUCCUGGAUCAGAGCGAGCUGCUGCAGAAGGAGCCGGCGGCGGCUGUGUGGGUCGGCCUGACAGGAGGAGCUCUGGAGCUGCGGUGGAGGAGAGCGGUGGGGAGGACGGAGCAGGAGGUCCAACGCUGCAGAGACAUCCAGGUCGUCCGGGCCAGAUUCCACUCAGACUUCACCCUGCUCGGUAAUUGGCUCGUCGGCGCCAAGAAACGGUCGGAGCUUUGGUCAGAGCAGGCGGAGACGUCCGACCUGAAGCAGGAGCAGGUCCGCCGCGGCCUCAUCGAGCUGCUGGACUUCUCCAUGGAGGUGGAGGCUGUCUCGGUGCGGAGGACGUCUGUCUCCAGGGACGCCACCCGGCUGCUCCACCUGAGCGAGGCCGACUGUCCCGGGCUGAGAGCUCAGAUCGCUCAGCUGGAGGUGAACUGGAGCCAGCUGACCUCGGAUCUGUGCAGGAUUCAAGAGCAGCUGCAGCAGCGGCUGCUGGCUGCAUGGCCGCCUGUGGAGCUGCUCUCCGACCUGGAGUCGUGGCUGAAGACGAAGGCGGCGCCGAACCAAGAGAAGGAAAAAGAUCUCAAGGUCAAAGAUGCUCCUCAGAUCAGUGAAGUCCUGCAGCACCGUCGGGAGUUGAAGUCGGGUGUUGUCGCCGGGCAGCUCAUCCUGGAUUUCCUGAGCCAGUCCCGGCCUCAGGCAGUGGGAGCAUACGUCCAGUCUCUCCAGUCCGAACGCACGAUGUUUGCAGAGAAGCUCGGUGCCCUCCGACUCCAGUGGCUGCACCUCCAGGGAGAGCUGCAGAGCCAGAUUCAUGGAGCCGAACAGAUGCAUCACACCUGUGCGGUCAGAGAGAGACAGCUGCAGCAUCUCCACCGAUGGAUAACGCAAAAGAAGAAGCAGCUGAACCAGUGGGAGCAGCCGACCAGUCAAACCCUGGCUCGUAGGGCUCUGCAGGAGUGGGAGGCUGUCACGGGCAGAGUGAGGGAGAAGGCUGCGGCUCUGCAGGAGUUGAAAACCAAACGAGUGGAUGCUGAUGAAGAGGAGAAGCAUCCCUGUGACGUGGCCUUCUGGGAGCAGGCGGAGAGCGUCAGUCGAGCCUGUGAGGAUCUGAGUCAACAGAUGGAGGCUCUGAGACCAGCUCUUCAACUGACCCUGGAUCAGUGGAGUGGUCUCCACACAGAUCUGAAGGAGGCCACUCUUCACGCCGGCGAGGUGCGUGUUGCUCUGCAGCAUCAGCGAGCUCCUCUGUUCUCCAUCACGCAGGCGGACAAACACAUGGACGUCUUGCAGGGACUCCAAGGGAAGGUGGCAAAAGGAGAAGAGCUUUGGGCAGCCGUGGAAAUAUCCUUCCAGGGUCUCGUGAAGAAUCUUCACUGUGGAGCGGCUCAAGCGUUAAGUGACCAAGUGGGAGGAGAGAAGAAACGGUGGGAGAACAUAAUCCAGGAGCUCCAGGACGAGCGUGUGAAGACCGGCGAGACGGUUUCCUUGUGGCAGGAGUACCAGCGUCUCUCUGGUGACUCCUCCCUUCACAUGCAGCACCUGAGGCGUCAGUGGGAGGAGCUACUGACAUCCUCGCCGUCACCUGAUCGCGACACCAAAGCCGCGGUUCAGUCAGUUGAGAAGAUGGAGGAUGUAUCGCAGAACUUGCAAAGAAGUGCAAACAAUGUGCUGGACGCCUCUAAGCCUCUCAUUGGUCGGCUUGAUCCCCUGGCUGCAAAUUUGAUCCAAUCACAGACCCGGCUCCUGUCAUGUGACGUCCUGCUGCUGAGUCACGCAACAUCAGUGAUGAAGAAAAGUGUUCAGGAGGAAUUGAAAGAACAGAAACAAUUUCAUACUUGUUUGAAGACUCUUGAAAAACAGACCCAGAGCAUAAAAGAUAAAGUGAAUGCUGGUUUAAAGGACAAAGACUCAUUGGAGCAGCUUCUCUCGGAGCUCGGGGAUCUGUUUCCAUCGCUGGUUGACGUCAGGGAGAUGAGUCGCCGCUCGACCCUCGACAACCAGGACACGGCCCGACUGCAGGUGCUCAGCAGGGAGUGGACCCACAGCCUGACCCGCUUAUCUCACAUGAACAGAGAGCUGCAGGCAGAGCGUCAGAGCUCCCGGACGUUUCAGGAGAAGAUGGACGACCUGACACAUUUGAAGGAGAAACUCAUCGAGGCAUCGAUGUCCAGAAAACUUGAAAGUCUCUCCGGCCUCCAGGAGGUGCUGACUGCUCAUCAGAGGCUUCAGGCUGAGAUAAUCACUGGAAACCAGCUCCUGCAGGAUCUCCUCUGCCAGGCGGUCAAGUCCAUGGAGGAGGAAACGGGAGAGAAAAGAUCUGAGCUCAUGGCACAGGCGACCGGUUUGAAGGAGAGCUGGUUCAGUGCCGUCGCUCUGGUCGCUCAACGCCGGUGUUUGGUGAGAGAGCAGCUCGGACUUCGGAGCGUCUACCGCCUCGGACUGAAACUCCUGUCCAAGCUGGUGGAGGACGUGGACCCUCUGCUGCCCCCCACUGGCGCUGCUCUCUCUACACUGCAGCAACUACGGAGCUGUGGCGAUUGCCAGUGUGUCGAGGAGGCUCUGGAUCGGCACUCCACCGUGUACGACCAGACGCUGGAGGCCGGCAGGCGUCUGUGUGAGAAUCUGACCUCUGAGUCCGAGGGUCGGAGUCAACUUGAGUCAGAGCUCCAGGACGUUGAAGAGACGUGGAAACGAACCAACUCCCUGCAGGAGAGGAAACGACUCCUGGUCAAUACGACUGCUCAGAAGUGGUCUCAGUGUCAGGACGGAAUCAGCAGCAUCAUGUCGGAGCUGGAUGAGGUGAAGACCAGGAUGGAGCAGCAGCUGCCAGAGGACUCUGAGAAGGAGAAGCUCAUUCAGGAGACAGAGCUCUCUCUGCAGCGUUUGACCAGUGGAUUGAGAGAACUGGGAACCAUGAAGACAGACCUGUCCCAGUACAUCACGGCCGGUGACUCCACUCUGCUGGAGCAGCAGCUGGAGCAACUCCACGGUCAAUGGGAAGAGCUUUGUAUGAAGGUUUCGAUGCACAAGCAGGAGAUCGCCGACCGCCUGAACGCCUGGACCAUCUUCAACGACAAGAACAAGGAGUUCUGCGACUGGCUGACCCAGAUGGAGAACAAGGUCUGCCACAACAGCGACCUGAGCAUCGAGGAGAUGGUGGAGAAGCUGAAGAAGGACUGCAUGGAGGAGAUCAACCUGUUCAGUGAGAACAAGAGCCACCUGAAGCAGCUGGGGGAGCAGCUGCUGUUAGCCAGCGACGAGGCCAAGCAGAGCCAGGUCCACGGCUCCCUGCAGGAGGUCAGCCAGCGCUGGCACAACCUCUUCCACCACAUCGAGGCCAGGGUGAAGAAGCUGAGGGAGACGCUGGUGACGGUGCAGCAGCUGGACAAGAACAUGAGCAACCUGCGCUCCUGGCUGACGAGGAUCGAGGCCGAACUCUCCCGACCAAUCACGUACAGCGUCUGUCAGCAUCAGGAGAUCCAGAGGAGGCUGGCCGAGCAGCAGGAGCUGCAGCGGGACAUCGAGCAGCACACGGAGGGCGUAGCGUCGGUGCUCAGCCUGUGCGAUGUGCUGCUGCGGGACGAAGACGCCGCCGGAGCCACCGAGGCGGAGGGCGACUCCCUGCAGGAGACCAGCCGCAGCCUGGACCAGCGCUGGAGGACCAUCUGUGCCAUGGCCCUGGACAGGAGGCUCAGGAUCGAGGAGACCUGGAGGCUUUGGUGCAAGUUCCUCGACGACUACUCUCGCUUUGAGGACUGGCUGAAGAUGGCCGAGCGCACGGCCGCCAGCCCCAACUCGGCAGGCGUCCUCUACACCGUCGCCAAAGAGGAGCUCAAGAAGUUCGAGGGUUUCCAGAGGCAGGUUCACGAGCGACUCACUCAACUGGAAAUCGUCAACAACCAGUACCGGCGUCUGGCCCGGGAGAACCGCACCGACCGGGCCAGCCAGCUCAAGGUCAUGGUCCACGAGGGCAACCGGCGCUGGGACACGCUGUACCGCCGAGUGGCCGGCGUCCUGCGCAGGCUCAAGCACUUCACCAGCCAGAGGGAGGACUUCGAGGGCACCAGGGAGAGCAUGCUGGUGUGGCUGACCGAGCUCGACCUGCAGCUCACCAACGUGGAACACUUCUCAGAGAGCGACGUCCAUCACAAGAUUCAGCAGCUCAAUAGUUUCCAGAAGGAGAUCACCCUGAACACGGAGCGCAUCGACGGGCUGAUCGUGUUUGGAGAGGGCCUGAUCCAGAAGAGCACGCCACAGGACGCGGCGCUGAUCGAGGACGAGCUGGAGGAGCUGCACACGUACUGCCAGGAGGUUUUCAGCAGACUGGUCCGCUUCCACCAGCGCCUCAGCCAGCCGCCGAUAAUCAAAGAAGAGCCUGAACUCUCUGGCAGCACCUUCUACCUGGAGUCCAGCUUGGAGCUGAUUGGUCGGCCGUGGCUGGGACGCGGCCUCGGGAGCCUCCCGGCCACGCCCACCCACCUCCUGAGCUCCGGGCUGGAGCGUUCGGGCCGCGAGACGCCGGUGAGCGUGGACUCCCUCCCUCUGGAGUGGGACCACACCGGGGACGUGGGGGGUUCGACGUCGCAUGAGGAUGAUGAGGAGGAGGAGGAGGAGGAGGAAGAGGAGGAACACCAGGAGGAGGGGGGAGUUUACUUCAGCGCUCUGUCAGUUCCCAGCAGGUCUAUGGUCGUACACCAGUCUCCAGUAUGGGGAGCACGAGCAGACACAGAAACACAGACUCUCCAGCUGCACUCGGACCCUGAGGCUGCACCCCCCCUCACCAGCACGCCCGUGAAGCGGGGCUUUCUCGGCCUCAUGUCUCAGUGCAGCGGCAGCAUCGAGGACAUCAAGAGGGUCUCGCUGCUCCUGGAUGACGAGGAGCAGCCGGAGGAGCUGGGCCUGACGGGACUGACCGCCUCCGACCAACAGUCAGGUGUGAUCGAACGCUGGGAGCUGCUCCAGGCUCGGUCCAGAAGCGAUCGGCCGGCCGGCUCUCAGGAGCCUCAACAUCUCACCUCUGACCUCGACGACCUCACUUCCUGGUUAGACAUCACCAUCCCGGAGCUGGACCGCCUCCAGCUCUCCAAGUCGCCGGCGAGCAUCACCGACAUGGAAGCCAGAGCCAGAGAACUGAAGGAGAUGCAGCGGAUGUUCACUCACUACAAGUCCAUCAUGCUCUCUGUCAACCUGCGAGCUGAGGAAGCUCCAGAGCUUCAGCCGCGGCUGGUGGACAUGAACAGAGACUGGAGCCGAGUGAGCACGGCUCUGCAGCAGUGGGACAGCGGACUGAAGGAGACUCUGAUGCGCUGCCAGGAGUUCCACGAGACCCUCCACUCUCUGUUGCUGUGGCUGGCCCACGCUGAGAGCAGACGCUACACGGUGGACAUCAGUGAUCCCGACACGUCCGUCCGAGCGCUGAGACAACACCGCUGCACGCUCACGGAUCUGCAGGAGGAGCUGCAGGGCCGGCGGAGCCAGCAGGCCUCGCUCCAGACUCUGUGGUCUCAGCUCCAGCCCGAGGACGGCGGCGUGGAGAGCGACGAGGCCCAGGAGAAGCUGCACGUCACGGGCAGCAAGCUGAAGCUGCUCCUGAGGGACGUGGACCAGGAUCUGAGCGUCCUACAGCAGCGACUGACCAGUGAAUCUGCGUCGGACAUUCAAGGCCAAAGUGUCUCAGCAGAGGAGGCGGACCAUUCGAAGAAAGGCUCCUCCCCUAAGAGAGAAAGGAGGGAGUCGUCGUCGCCUCCUCGCUCCCUCUUCUACCGGGUGCUCCGCGCCGCCUUCCCCCUCCACGUGCUCCUGCUGCUGCUCCUGCUGCUCCCCUGUCUGAUCCCGCUGACCGAGGGCGACUCCAGCUGCAGCGUCACCAACAACUUCGCCCGCUCCUUCUACCCCAUGUUGCAUUACACCAACGGGCCCCCGCCCACCUGAUACCGGUGUGACUGGAGGGAAACGACAGAGACACUGAACCACGAGACCAAAGUGUCUAAAUUAAUAUAAAGUCAAACCUAUUAUCCCCUAAAUUCUAUUUUAAGGUUUCAAUAAUUGAACAUAGUUUGUUUAAUUUAUUUGAGGAACAAAAUCCAUUAAAAACCCAACAUGGGGACAAAGAUUAUAUUGUAAAUUACAAAAUGCAAAUAUCUUGAAACUGAACAGCCCCCCCGAAUUAUUUAAAAAAACAUACGUAUAAGUAAGAAGUUAAUAUUCAUAUAUAAAGGCUAUCUUAACCUGAACUGUUCCUUAUUAUAGAUCAACUGUGGACAUUUCAUUUUAUCACCAAACAAAUAAUGUAUUUUAUAAGAGUUUAAAGUUUCUGGUUGAGUUUGAUUAUUAAAUUCCAGCAGUUUUAUACAUAUAUAUAUUUUUAGAUGCUAUUUGUGUUGUAGAUUGUGAGAAGACAUUUCCAAGCCACUGAAGAUUGAGAAGGACGAUGUUUAUGUACAUAAUGUAAUAAUAUAAUUCAUAUUUAAAACAUCAAAAGUGGAUUUAUGCUCCUGAGUUUCUGGUAAUAAACACAGUUUGUAAAUCUCUA